AGAGGAAUUGCUAUUAUGGAGAAUAAGAGACGCGAAAGAAGGGGUGGUGGUUGUGGGGGGUUGAGACCAUCUUCAUCGUCUGUUGGCAUUGGGCUAGACCGUAAACGAAACGCUGUAGUUUGUCGCUCACUUAGCACGACAAACGUGAUCCGGAACAAACAAUUUAUUUUUAUUCGUGUCGUCGUUUUCGGGGCUAAAAGUUUGGUCAAGAAGGAUUUCUUCCGUUUACCGGAUCCGUAUGCAAAAAUUAGCGUGGACGGAACAAAUCAGAGCUUUUCGACUGAACCUUGCAAAGGGACACUCCACCCAACAUGGAAUCAGUACUUUGAUCUAUACUUGACCAGAACGGAUUCUAUUACGAUCAGCAUUUGGAACCAUAAGAAGUUACACAAGGAGCAGCAUUCUGGUUUUCUAGGAUGUGUCCAUAUCGUUGGGAAAGCAGUUCAACGUCUUCGGGAUGCUGGCCCCCAAUUGAUGAGUUUAUGCAAAGCCAGUCCUUCCGAUCCAGAACCUGUGCGUGGCCAAAUUGCCGUAUCUUUGAUGUCAAGAGAUGCUCACACCGCUGGAGGAAGUGAUCGUCUGCCUCCUACUGCCGUUGUGGAUCGAAUGGGCAACGUAUCCUGUUUCGGAGUGCUAGAUAAUCCACGACCAAACAUUGCUUUGGUAGCAUCAACCUCAACCCCAGCAGUUGUAUCAACUUCACCACCACGAAGAGAAUCGCAAGCACAACCAACUCCAAAUAGUAGUCGUCCAGAAUCUUUGGUUGUUACACAACAAGGUUUAUCCCCUUGUGACUCAUCUAUUGGUGGGCCUCCUCCUCCAGGAAUAAUUUCUACUCACUCUCAACAUCCGACUCCAAGUACACCUUCCUCAUCCUCUCAACAAAUGCUACAACCCUCCGCGUCAUCAUUGUCGGGGAAUCAACGAUCCAGUUCCAGUAAUAGUAAUGGUGUAAAUGGUGUCGCUGGUCUAAAUAUUAUCAAUGGGAGCGGGAAUGCACCACCACCUUCGUCUCGUCGGAAAGCGCGGCGCAGUGCUCCGCCAACUGCAGUUCCAAUUGUUGAGCUUCCUGCCGGAUUCGAAACUAGGAUUACAGAGCAAGGACAAGUUUAUUUUUAUCAACUCAGCACCGGUACGAGCUCGUGGUACCAUCCAGGACUUAAAGAUUUACCAUCAUCGCAGACCAUGGGAAAUUCACUUCCGCAUGGUUGGGAGCAGCGGUUAACACCUUCCGGGAAACCCUAUUUCGUUGACCACAACAGCCGUACUACUCAUUUUACUGAUCCACGACUGAUUAAAUGGCCAGCCCCUGCUGCAGGAAGUUCUCAACAACCACAACCGCGUGGUUCUUCUUCCAGAGGGACGACAUCCGCCUCCGGUUCUUCCUCCUCUUCAACCUCUCCACUCAAUCCGGCUCCUCCACCAAAUAAUCCAUUAUUGCCAAGCACUUCAAACAACAAUGCUCCCCUUCCAAUUCGUUCUCCGACUCAUUCUUCUGCUCCAAUUGUUCCUAGCAAUAAUUCGAACAACGCAGGAGGAGGCGGAGGUCGCAUCCGCAGUAGUCGAUCUCGUGAUGCUUCGAGCACAAAUCAUUCUGGAAUCCCAGCAAAUGUUUCCAUUGGUCAGCAGAAUGCAAACCGAGAUCGUCGGGACAGGCAGUCUGUACAUAUAGGUGACGGUAAAAGUGACGUAGAAGUUCUUCCAAAGUACAAGCGAGAUCUAAAUGCUAAGAUCAAACAACUUCGUGUCGAACUCCAACUUUUGCAACCGAGAAACGGACAUUGCCGCAUAGAAGUCACAAGAAAAGAAAUAUUUGAACAAUCUUAUCGCCAAGUUUUGAAACUACGCGUCAAGGACAUGCGAAAAAGACUAAUGGUCAAAUUCAAAGGAGAAGAAGGAUUAGAUUAUGGUGGGAUUGCACGCGAAUGGCUACACCUGCUUAGUCACGAGAUGUUGAACCCGAGUUAUGGUCUAUUUCAAUACUCGCAUGAAAACCAGUGUUGCGUCCAAAUUAAUCCAGACUCCCAUAUUAACCCCGACCACUUGUCAUACUUUCAAUUUGUUGGUCGGGUUUUGGGUCUCGCAGUCUUUCAUGGCCACCACAUUGAUGGCUCGUUUACACUUCCGUUCUAUAAAAUGCUGUUGAACAAAUCUAUAAACUUGCCGGAUAUUCAAGCGGUUGACCCCGAGCUGUACCAAAGUUUAAAUUGGAUGUUACAUAAUGACAUCACCGGCGUCAUUGACUCCAAUUUCUGUGUUGAACAUAACCAUUACGGUCUGGUGGAAAUGCGUGAGUUGAAAAUGGGAGGAAAAGACAUUCCCGUCAAUGAAAAGAACAAAGAUGAAUAUGUCAAACUUUAUGUGAAUUACCGGUUCAUGAGAGGAAUUGAAAAACAGUUUGAUGCUCUGCAAAAAUGCUUUUUUGAAGUUGUACCCCAACAUUUACUAAAAGCGUUUGAUGAGCGAGAAUUAGAACUUUUAAUUGGAGGCAUUGGAAAAAUUGAUCUGGACGACUGGAAAACUCACACCAAACUCAAGGCUUGUACGGGUACCGACAAAAUCCCACUCUGGUUCUGGGAAAUUGUUGUUCAAUACGACGAAGAGAUGCGUGCUCGCCUCCUACAAUUUGUUACUGGUUCGAGCCGGGUGCCGAUUCAAGGGUUUAAGAAUCUUCAAGGGUCCACCGGAGCUGGGACACCUCGCCUAUUUACGAUUCAUCUAGUUGAAGCGCCCACAAGUAAUUUGCCCAAAGCGCACACGUGCUUCAAUCGACUCGACAUCCCAAACUAUGAAACGAAAGAAAAGUUUUACGAAAAGCUAACCAAAGCGGUCGAAGAAACUUGUGGAUUUAGUGUAGAGUAAUUAAGAACGUGAAACUAUAAUAAUAAUUAUUAUACACCUAACAAUAAUGCAACUAUUUCCAAUCAAUUGAAACCAGUCACCCUUCUAUCACUACUACGUACUACUCGUCUGCUGCUAUUAUACACACAAUAUAUAUUAUUUAGACAUUAAAUUUCGCAGUAGACUAAUAAGUUCGCAACAUAUAAUUUUAUAUUUCCAUUUAUUGUCGCAUUGCAAGUUAUGUACUGUAGGGAUAUUAUUAAUUAAUUGUUUCAAGUUGGUGGUGAUAAUUAUACUGCAAACAAGACUUUUCAUUUGACUAUUACUCCUCCUCCUACAACAACAACAAGUUUACUUGAUGGAUCUAAUCAAAUUUUAUUUACUUGUCCAUUUUCUUGAAAUGAAACUUUAGUUUUUAUUUUAUUACCUAGUUUUUUAAACGGACUAUUUUAUCUUUUAGUCACACACACACACACACACGCCUCUGAUUAAUUUAUUAUUAUUAUUUUGAGAAUUUUGAAUUUCGCUUUUUGAAAAUGAAAUACUCCACACUGGGAUUAACCUACCGUCGUCGUCAUCGUCGUCGCGAUAUGAUGAGUUAUUUAGCUACUUGUAUAUGUUUUUUGUCAUGAAUAGUCAAAUUUUGCAACAUUUAAUCUGUAUUGUAAAAAAAAUUCAGCACGUACAUAUUCUUAAAAAAUGGUAUCAGUCAAGAGCAUAAGUCCUCUUGAAUCUUUUAAGAUGGGAAUGUUUAAUGUGAGAAAAUGUGUUCUGUAUUCGCAGUCUUUGUCGUAAAAAAAUGUAAUGUACUACAUAAUUGUAAUAAGUUUAAACUACAAGUCACACUUAUUGCAUAAUGAAGUAAUUUAGCCACGCCCACCAGUGUUCCCUUCUCGAAUUAGAAUAUCAACUGUUAAAAAUGAGAGAAAUCGUAAACACGGGAUAUUAGCAAUGAAUCUACUACUACAUACAUAGUUUAUUAAUGUGCUACACGUACGUAUUCACAGAUCAUGAAUCAUUUUUUUACUGCUUGUUAACUCAAUUGUGUCGUCUCGUCGUAGUACUACCGUAUCGUAAAAUUAGUACGUCAUUACUUUUAGCGGUUAAGGGAAAGCGAAGCGAGGAACGCAAGCAGUGGGGAGAUAAUAAUUCAUUACUAAUUAUUGAUUGAACUUAUUCGCUUUAUUAUAUCUCUGUACGAGGUUUAUUAGUCCACUUGUAUAAGCAAUUGCACAUUGUAUAAUGAUACCUCAUUCUUAAGCGAUUUCGGGUAUCAAUUAAUUACUGUAUGUACGAGUAUACGUAUACACCAAUAACAUUUCAUCCGACUGAUUCAUAUCAUACAUGUCGUUGUAUAAGAGUAUAAGUCCUUUGAUAUAAAAUUGUACCACGGCGAUGAACAAAACAAGACGAAGAAAAGGGGAAGGGUAUGAGAAAAAUAUGCAACAGAACUGAUCAAUUUUUGAGGAGUAUAAUAAUAAUAAGUUAAUUAAUUAAGGAAAUUAAUGGAACAAGAACAUGUCGAAAAAAAUAUCGUGUCUCUUGUGCCUUAUUAUACCAAGCGAGCAUCUGUUAUCAAUAAAAAUAUCAAUGAAGAACAAGAAAA